GCUCAAUCAGCCACCCUACGGCCAUCCACACCGGUGCUGCAGAGCUCCGCCUGGUGAAAGGCCCAAACCCCUGCUCUGGAAGAGUAGAGGUGCUGCACAACCACCAGUGGGGAACUGUGUGUGAUGAUGACUGGAGCCUCCUCGAUGCCAGCGUGGUGUGCCAGCAGCUGGGCUGCGGGACCGCCAUCUCAGCCUACGGCGCAGCUCACUUUGGCCAGGGAUCGGGUCCCAUUUGGCUGGACAAUGUUCAGUGCAGUGGGACUGAAAAUGCCCUGUCUGAAUGCAUGGCCAGACCUUGGGGUCUCAACAACUGCGACCAUGGAGAAGAUGCCAGCGUAGUGUGCACAGGUAACCGCACAACCACCAACACACCAGUUCACCUGCGCCUGGAGAAUGGUCCUGGCCGCUGCACCGGGCGUGUGGAGGUGCUCCACCACCAUCAGUGGGGGACAGUGUGCGACAAGGGCUGGAGCCUGGCCGAGGCAGCGGUGGUCUGCCGGCAGCUGGGCUGUGGGACGGCCAUCUCGGCCCCGGGCUCGGCUCACUUCGGGCAAGGGUCUGGCCGCAUCUGGCUGCAAAACGUGAACUGCACGGGGGAAGAAGCUGCCCUCUCCGAAUGCCAGUCCAGGCUGUGGGAAUCCAACAGCUGUGACCACCGGGAAGACGCUGGUGUGGUGUGCUCAGCUGAUCCACGUUAGUUGGGAUAACACCCACUGCGGCUGGCAAAUGGCUCGAACAGCUGCCUGGGGAGAGUCGAGGUCUUUCAUGACCAGAAGUGGGGGACCGUGUGCGAUGACACCUGGGACCUCCAUGAUGCCACUGUCGUGUGCAGGCAGCUGGGCUGCGGGAUGGCGCUAUCAGCACCGGGCUCAGCUCAUUUCGGGCCAGGGUCAGAUCCCAUCUGGAUGGACGGCGUUCACUGUACAGGGAUGGAGUCAGCCCUCACCGACUGUGAGCUGAGCAGCUGGGGAGAGCACAACUGUGGCCACAGCGAGGAUGCUGGUGUGGUGUGCUCAGGUGCAGCUGCUGAGAGCCCAGGGGGGCUCCUUCGCCUGGUGGGCGGCCCCGGCAGCUGCGCCGGGCGGGUGGAGGUGCUCCACAAUGGGACGUGGGGGACAGUGUGCGACGACGGCUGGGGUCCCCCCGAGGGCCGGGUCGUGUGCCGGCAGCUGGGCUGCGGGACAUUGCUGUCGGUGGCACAAGGAGCUCGGUAUGGAGAAGGGAUGGGACAGAUCUGGCUGGACGAGGUCAACUGCACCGGGGAAGAAAGGGACCUCUCCGAAUGCCAAGCCAGGCCAUGGGGGGAACACAACUGUCACCACGUGGAGGAUGCCAGUGUUGAGUGCUCAGACUCCAGCAUCACCGCCCUGGGCACCCUCCAGCUGCUCAACGGCCCCAGACACUGCACCGGGAGGGUGGAGGUGCUCCACAACCACAUGUGGGGGACUGUCUGCGAUGACGGCUGGGACCCGGGGGCUAUGGGGUAUGCGGCAGUGGUGUGCCGUCAGCUGGGCUGCGGCACGGCGCUGUUGGCCACCAGCGGGUCUCGCUUUGGCAGGGGCCAUGGUCCCAUCUGGUUGGACGAGGUGAACUGCACUGGCACCGAGAACACCCUCUUUGACUGCCAGACCAGAGCGUGGGGGGACAACGACUGCUUCCAUGGGGAGGAUGCUGGAGUGAUAUGUUCAGCUUCGGGGAUGUCCGUGGCUGCAGAGCUCCGCCUGGCCAACGGUUCGACGCACUGCGAAGGCAGGGUGGAGGUGACUCACAACGGCACCUGGGCAGCCCUGUGUGAUGAGGGCUGGGGUCUGGCCGAGGCUCAAGUGGUGUGCAGGCAGCUGGGCUGCGGGAGAGCGCUGUCGGCACCCGGUGGGUCACAUUUUGGGCAAGGACCCAGGCAAAUGUGGCCUGACAGCGUGAGCUGCAUAGGCACGGAGACUGCCCUCUCUGAGUGCAAGGUGAAGCCCCGGGGCAACGGCACUUGUCACCAUGGGAAAGAAGCUGGUGUGGUGUGUGCAGGUAAUUCAGAGGGUGACCAGGUCCGGCUGGUGAACUAUGGCAGCCGCUGCGCUGGCAGGGUCGAGGUCUUCCAUAACACACAGUGGGGGACCGUGUGCGAUGACAACUGGGACCUGCGGGACGCUGAGGUUGUCUGCCGGCAGCUGAACUGCGGGCGAGCGCUGUCGGCCCCCGGGGCGGGUCAGUUUGGGCGCGGGGAUGGCAUCAUCUGGAUGGACGAGACGAACUGCACGGGGUCGGAGAGCACGCUGUCCGCCUGCCAGGCCCGGCCAUGGGGCAUAAAUAAUUGCUACCACGGGGAAGAUGCUGGUGUGGUUUGCUCAGACUCGAUCAUCCCCGAGCCAGUUCAUCUCCAGCUGGCAAAUGGCUCACACCGCUGCGCUGGCAGAGUCGAGGUGUUUCACCAGGAGGAGUGGGGAGCCGUCUGCGACCAUGGCUGGGAUAAGCAGAACGCCGAGGUCGUAUGUCGGCAGCUGGGCUGUGGGAUGGCGCUGCCAGCAUUGGAGGGCGCGGACUUUGGUGCCGGACCCCCACGCAUCUGGCUGGACAAUGUGAACUGCCAGGGGACGGAGACAGACCUUACAAAAUGCCAGGCGAGCCCAUGGGGACAGAGCAGCUGCAGCCACGGAAAGCACGCCAGCGUGGUAUGCUCAGUUGUUUCCAGCUUUGCCCCGGUCCGGCUGGUGGAUGGCCCAGGUCGCUGCGCCGGGAGGGUCGAGGUGUUUCACAAUGAGAAAUGGGGGACGGUGUGCGAUGACAACUGGGACUUCGUGGAUGCCAAAGUGGUGUGCCGGCAGCUGGACUGCGGGAUGGUGGUAUCAGCUCCACGGCGGGCUCACUUCGGGCAGGGACAGGGCCCCAUCUGGCUGGACAACGUGCGCUGCAUGGGGACUGAGGCAGCGCUCUCCGAAUGCAGAGCCAAGAGCUGGGGUGUCCAUGCAUGUGAGCAUGAAGAAGAUGCCGGCGUGGUAUGCUCAGGAUCGGGCAUUUCCGACCUCGGAAGCCUCCGCCUGGUGAAUGGCUCAAACCCGUGCUCCGGGAAAGUUGAAGUGUUUCAUGAUCAGCGCUGGGGGGGCAUCUGCACUGACGGAUGGGACCUGGCUGAAGCCCACGUGGUGUGUCAGCAGCUGGGCUGCGGGGCAGCGCGCUCGGCCGUGGAGUCUACCCAGGCUGGGACAGGCGACGGCCUGAUCUGGGUGGAUGCCGUGGAGUGCACUGGGACGGAGGGGACCCUCCUCGAAUGCAAGGUCAAGUUGUGGGGCACCGAGAGCUGCAAGUCGAAGGGGCACGCAGGUGUCUUGUGCUCUGCAAGCACAGGUCAGUGGCGGUGCAUGAUGCACUUGUUGCCUCCUUGCCUGCUUGUCACCGUGAGGAUAGUUGCAUCACGGGAGCUCCUCGGUAACUUGGCCAGGUUCACAAUCUAG